AUGUCCGGCAGGACUCCCGCUUGGACUAGUGUCGGCGGGAAGAAAGUUAACGACAUGGCGUUUCACCCCAUUCACGGAACACUAGCAACGGUUGGAUCUGACGGCAGGUAUAUGUUUUGGGACAAGGAUUCACGGACAAAGAUCCGCGGCUUAGAGACUCCCGAUCAACCACUUACUUGCUGUGCAUUCAAUGCCAAAGGUCAAAUCUUCGCCUACGCUGCCGGCUACGACUGGUCGAGAGGACACCAGUUUGUAGAACAAAAUAAGCAGCCAAAGAUAAUGCUACGUGCUUGCUUGGAUGAGAUGAAACCUACUAGAAAGCCUUAG